CUACAUACCUUUACAGAGAAUCGCAGCGCAUACACCCCCGCUCUUGGUUUCGAAUCACUCUCCACCUCUUUCUUUCCCUCGCCAGAAUGCGCCACUCAUCCGCUGCCUCAUUCGUCUUUGGGGGCCUGCUUCUCGCUGCGCCACUGAGCGUCGCCGCCUCGCCCAUAGAUGUUGCGCCCUCGAACCAGAUUGUCUUUGCACACGAUGACACGCCAUCAAUGCAGCAAGGAGGAGCUGGAAAAGCGACGCACCGAGAGCCAGACCUCGUCGAUCAGAUGCUGGCCGAAGCGCAGUCGAAGGGCGAAGACCUGCGUCAGUGGGGCAUCGAAAUUUUCGAUGGUCAGGCCCAAGCGAUGGACGAGUCGUCGCGGAAGCUCUGGCAGGCCGAGCAGCAGCAGCAAGAAGAUGCUGAGGAUGUCUUCCUCGAGGUUUCGGAGUUUACAAAGGACCUCGUCGCGGACCUCUCAGAUGAUCUGGAGAAGGCCAAACUCAUGAUGGAGGCCGCCAUGGACGACGCCAUCUUUUCGAUCCUGCCCAUCUCGGAGCAGGAGGCAAAGAGCAAGAAGGAGGGACUUCUGUCGCUUGCGGACGCCGAUACCAUGGACGGUCCGCCGGGAAGCGGAUGGGUGUGGAACGUGUGCGGAUCGGGAGAUGAGGCCAUCGUGCUGCAAGACAUCAAGGUCAACCCGGAUCCCCCCAAGGCCGGCGAGAACCUCACCGUGCACGCCGUUGGCGAGGUCAAGCACGACCUCAAGGAAGGGAGCUAUGCAGACGUAGUCGUGAAGCUCGGAUUCAUUCGCCUCCUCUCUCGCCGCUUCGACAUCUGCCAGCUCGCCAAGGACAAUGACGCCGAGCUGCAGUGCCCCCUCGAGCCGGGCCACUAUGAGAUCACACACACGACUGAGCUUCCCAAGGAGAUCCCACCGGCCAAGUUCAACGUCCACGUCAACGGCAAGACGCAGGACGAUGUCGAUCUCAUGUGCAUGGACGUCAGCAUCGACUUUAUGCACCACUAGAUAGGCUUGAAGCCUGUAGAGUAAUACUUCUUCGGGAUGGUUCUCGCACACAUGCUCCUAUCUGAACGCUCUUCUUUCUUGUCAUGUUGGCUUCCUAGCACACAAACACGCACAAGCGGUUCUCGUUAAUCUUUCUCAAGAAAUUUCCUCGGAGCAAUACAAUACUGUGACUUGUACGCACAAGCGAUAUCAUCGCCGUCAUCGUCGUUUUCAAGUGUUAUUGCAUGGGUAGUGUGAUUGAAAUGUACAUGGGU